GCUGGGUAGGGCGCGCAAGCGCAGUGGAGCGGCCGCGUGGGGGCAGAAGGCGGCGCUGGGCCAGAGAGGCCGGCAGCGGGGUAUUCCCGGGCGGCGAGAGCGAGAGGUUGUGAUUCAUACUCUGAACCCGGAGGGCAGUACUUGGUGCUGACCAGGAAGUGGCGUGAAAAGCCAUCUCUGGCACUGGAGUCUCCAGAGUACCUGGCCUCUGAGUGAGAGUGUUGUGGAGGAGGAAAUAUCUUUGGGAUUUGCCAUGGCUUUCUGUGCUGGGCUCUGGGGCCCCUUCACCCAUGCAAGCAGAGCGCUCAGCCAGCGCAGUUUCAGCACCACCGGGAGCCUCAGUGCAAUUCAGAAGAUGACGCGGGUCCGUGUGGUGGACAACAGUGCCCUGGGGAAUACCCCAUACCAUCGCCCUCCUCGUUGCAUCCACGUCUAUAACAAGAACGGGGUGGGCAAGGUGGGCGACCGGAUACUGCUGGCCAUCAAGGGACAGAAGAAAAAGGCACUCAUUGUGGGGCAUCGCAUGCCCGGUCCCCGGAUGACCCCCAGGUUUGACUCCAACAAUGUGGUCCUCAUUGAGGACAAUGGGAACCCUGUGGGGACCCGAAUUAAGACACCCAUCCCCACCAGCCUACGUCAGAGGGAAGGUGAAUUUUCCAAGGUCCUGGCCAUUGCUCAGAACUUUGUGUGAUCAGGGCUCGGGCCGCUGGCUGCGGUGGGACUCAUGGGAGGGAACUUGGGGCCCCAUGGCUGGGGAACAGUGUCCUGUGAAAAAAUAAACCUUUUCAUGUA